AUGGAACAACAACAACAACAUUCAUCAUCAGCAAACAGCAACAACAACAACAACAAUGGUACUAGUAGUCACAUGAACAGUGGUAGCAGGCAAAGCAGCACAAGGUGGACACCAACAACGGAUCAGAUAAGGAUAUUGAAGGAUUUAUACUACAACAAUGGAGUAAGGUCUCCAAGUGCAGAACAGAUUCAGAGGAUCUCUGCUAGGCUUAGACAGUAUGGUAAGAUUGAAGGCAAGAAUGUCUUCUACUGGUUCCAGAAUCACAAGGCCCGUGAAAGGCAGAAGAAGAGGUUCACUUCUGAUUCUACUACUACCACCAAUGUCAAUAAUCUUCCACUUCCAACCAUGCAUAGAGGAUCCACCAUUAACAACAACAACAAUGCUCCUAAUUGUUGGAAUAAACCUACUGAAGACAUUACUACUACUACUACCUUUCAUAGCAACAAGUAUUAUUCCAACAAUAUGCCAUCAUCAACUGGGAUUGCUUCUUCUUCUUCUUCUUCUGCUGGGAUGGUUGGUGUGGGCCAGAUGGGGAAUUAUGGCUGUGGAUCUGUUCCCAUGGAGAAGAGUUUUAGGGAGUGUACAAUAUCUGCAGGUGGAGGAAGCAGUGUUGGUGGUGCCAUAAACCACAACCUGGGAUGGGUUGGUGUGGAUCCUUAUUCAUCAACUUACACUGCUUUCUUUGACAAAAUAAGGCCUGAGAUUGAAACCCUUGAACAAGAACAAGGUGAUGAUAAUAAUGAUGAUGAAGAAAUUGAUGAUGUCACUGAGAUUGAAACCCUGCCUUUGUUCCCUAUGCAUGGUGAAGACAUCCAUGACUAUUGCAGCCUCAGAUCCAAUAAUUCUUCUUCUUCUUCUUUUAACUAUGAUCAUCAUCAUCAUGGAUUCAACAACGGUGGUUCUCGUGCUUCCUUGGAGCUUAGUCUCAAUUCCUACGGUCGCAAGUCUCCAGAUUAUGCUUGA